AAGCCCCGCGCGGCGCCACGCGACGAUGCUUCCGGCACCUCCUCCGUUCUCCCACGGCGACUUCGUCGGCGUUCUCUCCCGCUGCGCCACCCUCGCUCACCUGAAGCAGCUCCAUGCCCACUCCAUCGUCACCGCCCGCGCCGCCACGCAGCCCACCACCUUCCACCUCCUCCGUUUCGCAUCCCUCCGCCUCUCCUGCCUCCCGUACGCCCGCCGCCUCUUCGACUCCACGCCCUAUCCCAAUGUCUUCCUCUACUCCGCCAUGCUCUCCGCCUACGCCGCCGCGUCCCCCGCGCAGGCGUACGCCCGGGACGCCCUCGCCCUCUUCCUCCGUAUGCUCCGCCGCGGCCGCUCCGCGCCCAACCAGUUCGUCUACCCGCUAGUCCUCCGCGCCGCCUGCGUCGUCGGCGUCCAGCUGGUUAGGUCGAUCCAUUCGCACGCCUACAAGAGCGGGUUCCACGCGCAUGAUGUUAUAAGGACUUCGCUGCUUGAUGGGUACUCGAGGUAUGGCAUGAUGCUGGACGCACGAAAGUUGUUUGAUGGUUUGACCGAGAGGAAUGUGGUCUCCUGGACCGCGCUGCUGUCCGGCUACACAAGGGCCGGGAAGGUCGGAGAUGCGAUUGUUCUGUUUGAACGGAUGCCCGAGAGGGAUGUGGCUGCGUGGAACGCGAUGAUCGCUGGCUGCACGCAGAAUGGAUUGUUUCUGGAGGCUCUGGGGAUUUGUAGCAGGAUGGUGGAAGAGGGGUUCCGGCCGAAUGGGACCACAGUUGCUUGUGUGCUGUCUGCAUGUGGGCACCUUGGGAUGCUGAAAAUCGGGAAGGUGAUCCAUGGUUAUGCGUGGAGGAGCUGUGUUGGUUUUGGCUCGUCUGUUGUGAAUGGGUUGAUUGAUAUGUAUGGCAAAUGCGGGACUUUGAAGGGGGCGAGGUGGAUGUUUGAUGAGUUUUCCGACAAGAGUCUGACCACAUGGAAUUGUCUGAUUAAUUGCCUUGCACUACAUGGGCACAGCAAGAGUGCAAUUGCUGUCUUCGGUGAGAUGAGGGACGCGGGAAUUGAACCUGAUGAGGUUACAUUUGUGGGAUUGUUAAAUGCGUGCACCCAUGGUGGAUUUGUCGAUGAAGGGCUUAUGUACUUUGAACUCAUGUGCGAUGAGCUGAGAAUUGAGCCGGAGAUUGAGCAUUAUGGGUGUAUCAUUGACCUUCUUGGUCGAGCAGCACGAUUUGAAGAUGUAAUGAAUGUUAUUAAAGAUAUGAAAGUCCAACCAGAUGAGGUCAUUUGGGGGUCACUUCUCAAUGCCUGUAGGAUACACAGACAGCUAGAGCUUGCUGAGUUUGCUAUAAGAAAAUUACUGCAGUUGAAUCCAAACAAUGUUAAUUAUGUUGUGAUGCUGGCAAACUUAUACAGUGAAGGUGGAUCCUGGGAACAGGUUACGAAGGUACGGAAGCUGAUGCAGGAGGAUAUGGGCAAGAAAGUGCCUGGUUGUAGUUGGAUCGAGGUGGAUCGCAAGACACAUAUGUUUUACUCUGGCGACGAUACUCAUCCUGUAUCAGAGGAUAUCUGUAACACUCUUGUGGAAUUAGUGGCUUCAAUGGAAAUGUGUCAGGAUUAAUUUUUUAUAGACGCAACAGGAGCUCUGCCUAUAUAGUAUUAGGAGAAGUAGACAUUACAGGCUGAAGCCAAAAUAGAAGAAAAGCCCGUGAUGAUUGAUUUGGAAAGAUUGAUAGUUUUAGUUUGAAAGUCGUGAGCUUCUAUUCCGUAAGUGAAGUGGGGUAAAUUGAAACUUUUGACCUAGGCUGAUUAGGAGUUAUGCUGGAUGCACACAUGAAGGUGUUCCCUCGAACCCCACUAUCAGGUUACUCCAUGCCAGAGGUAGUACUUAUGCCAGUAGUGUACUGUACUUGUGUAGCGGACUUAUGCGUUACUAUUUCAUAGCGCAAUUGGUGCAUAAGGUAUGCAUGUAUUUUCAUGUCAUUCAUAUUGAUUAUUUAAAUUAUGAAUGACCUUAUAUAUUUAUGUUAA